UGGUUCAUUUACACCAUGACCUAGAAGUGUUCAUUUCCAAAACGCCACAACAACAAGACUUUGAACGUUUUAUAAUAUUUUUUCACGGAUGUGAAGGGACCGUUUGUUACAAAGACAAGAAAAGUGGAAUGGUGGGAAGAGGCACACGGGGGUGGUAGAAGCGUCCAGGCAGCUCAGUAGGGUGUACAGUCAGUGAGGCUCUCGGUCCGGGACCAGGCAGCACACAGGAAACCCUCGCACACAUUGGGAUUCUGCUACAUAUUUUUGUAAACUCUGGUUAACAUGAAACUCUUAUGUUUCCGCAUCCUUUCAUGGAUGUGUUUAUGUGCACUUUCCUCGCUGGUGAACUGUGAAGUUCAGCGUAUCCCGGAGGAUAAACUUUUAGUUUUGACUGUUGCAACCAAAGAGACAGAUGGCUUCAGGCGUUUCCUGAGGUCGGCUAAGCACUUCAACUACACUGUAAAAGUGCUCGGCCAAGGCGAGAAGUGGAGGGGAGGUGAUUACAUGUCGGCUCCAGGAGGAGGUCAGAAGGUUCGCCUGCUGAAAGCUGCUGUGGCGGAGAUGAAGUCCGAGGACCAGGUCAUCCUCUUUAUCGACAGUUACGACGUGGUUUUCGCCUCGGGUCCUAAAGAGCUUCUCAGGAAGUUCCAGCAGGCAAAACACAAGGUGGUGUUCUCCUCAGAGAGCCUCAUCUGGCCAGACAGACAUCUGGAGGACAAGUACCCCCAUGUCAGGGAGGGCAACAGGUUUCUGGGUUCAGGAGGUUUCAUGGGCUACAUUCCCAACAUCAGAGAGAUGGUCGCUAACUGGACGGGAGCAGACAGCGACAGCGACCAGCUCUUCUUCACUAAGGUUUACAUAGAUCCAGCUAGAAGGAAGGCCUUAAACAUCACCCUGGACACCAAGUGCAGGCUGUUCCAGAACCUGCAUGGAGCUCUUGAUGAGGUGGUGCUGAAGUUUGAAGACGGUCGAGUUCGGGCCAGAAAUGUCCAAUAUGACACCCUGCCUGUCAUCCUCCAUGGGAACGGACCAACUAAGCUCCAGAUGAACUACCUGGGUAACUACGUCCCCAACUCAUGGACGUUUGAGACCGGUUGCACCGCUUGCCUCGAGAACCUGCGCUCACUCUCAUCCCUGAAGGAAAGUGAAUACCCUCUGGUGGUGAUCGGGAUCUUCAUUCAGCAGCCGACGCCAUUUGUGUCCGUCUUCUUCGAACGUCUCCUGAAGCUCCAGUACCCGAAGAACAGGCUCAAGCUCUUCAUUUCCAACCAGGAGCCUCACCAUGAGCAGCAGGUCAGCUCCUUCCUGCAGAAUCACGGGAGUCUGUAUCUGGAUGUAAAAUCCAUCCGGCCCGAGGAGGAGAUGGACGGAGCAGAUGCUCGUGACUUGGCCUUUGACAUGUGCCGGAAAGACAAGGAGUGUGAUUAUUUCUUCAACUUGGACAUUGAGGUGGUCCUAAAGAACGAGAACACAUUGAAAAUCUUGAUUAAGCAAAACCUGCCCAUCGUGGCGCCCAUGAUAACUCGAGUGGGCCGACUAUGGAGCAAUUUCUGGGGGGCGCUCAGCGCGGACGGCUACUACGCUCGUUCUGAGGACUACGUGGACAUCGUCCAAGGACGGAGAGUGGGUUUGUGGAAUGUGCCGUACAUUUCCAGCGUCUACUUGGUGAAGGCGAGCCUGCUGCAGGAAGAGCUGAAGGACUACCAGCUGUUUACCUCGGAGAGCUUAGACCCCGACAUGGCUUUCUGCCACAACGUUCGCAGCAAGGGCGUCUUCAUGUACGUAAACAACUUACACACAUUUGGCCGCAUUCUGUCGACAGAGAAGUACAAGACAGAACAUCUUCACAAUGAUCUGUGGCAGAUCUUUGAAAAUCCUCUGGACUGGCAGGAACGUUACAUCGACGAGAAUUACACCCGCAUGAUUAAGGACAAACUGAUUGAAAAUCCGUGUCCAGACGUUUACUGGUUCCCAGUGUUCACUGACGUGGCCUGCAACCAUCUCGUUGAAGAAAUGGAACACUUUGGCAAGUGGUCAGGAGGGGGAAAUACGGAUACCAGAAUCCAGGGGGGCUAUGAGAACGUUCCCACCAUCGACAUCCACAUGAACCAGGUCAACUUUGAAAAGGAAUGGCAAAAGUUCUUGCUGGAAUUUGUUGCACCCAUAACAGAGAAAAUGUUCCCCGGGUACUACACCAAGGCUCAGUUUGAGUUGGCCUUCGUAGUUAGAUACAAGCCAGACGAGCAGCCGUCUCUGCGGCCGCAUCAUGACGCUUCCACAUUCACUAUAAACAUUGCACUCAACCAAGUCGGCAUCGACUACCAGGGUGGUGGAUGCCGCUUCCUCCGAUACGACUGCUCCAUCCAGGCCCCCCGGAAAGGCUGGGCCCUCAUGCACCCCGGCCGCCUCACUCACUACCACGAAGGCCUGCCCACUACUGCAGGGGUCCGCUACAUUGCAGUGUCCUUUGUGGACCCCUGAACUUCCCCGCAUAUUCCAGACUGAAUGGGACACUGCAACACCCAAAAUAAUGACUUUUUUUUUUUUUAUCUCUGUCUCCGAAACAUUUCUAAUUAGUUCAAUCACCGAUACUCCCUCCAUGUUGACUGUAAGCUUUAGUUCAUCAUUUACUAACUGAGCUGGGGAAGUUUUAAUUCUAACAUGUGAAAACUCAACAACUUACUGGGAACGUAAAGAAGAUAUGGGAUCUAAAGAUUUCUCAACAAAUCGUGCCUUAUUUGAAGCAGUUUUCUCGGUCUGCACCUGGAUCCAGUCAGCCUCGAGACAGGUUCUCAUGUCUCAUUGAUUCACCAAAGGGGUAAAAUUAUGUUAGUUUGGAAGUGGGAGUUGACAUUUCACCAGAUCUGUGUCCCAGUUAGAGUCCCAGAACAAAACAGAAAAGGAGUGUGAACCAGUCGCCGAAACAUCCUCCUGACACCGAUUGGUUGUUUCUGACCGACUGGCUGUUUUUCUGCAGAUGGCAGUUGGACCACAGGGAGAAUUUUUCAGUCUCGUAUCAUAGCAUAGCGACAGUUUUGGCAAAUGAGUUAAAAACACUUUUUAAUAUAUAUAUAUAUAUAUAAAAAUUGCAACCUUAACUGGAUUUUUGGGGAUAAAUGAAGGAUGUUGGUCAAAUACAAAAUUAUUCUUCAGUAUUUUAUGAGACAAGAGGCUGUCCCUUGUGGUCAACUGCGGUAUUGCAUAUAGGCCUGUUGCAAUAACAAAUUUUGCUGGACAAUACAUUGUCCCAGAAAUAAUUGCAAUGAUGGAUAUUUCAUGACCAUAUUUAAGUAACAUAAUAGAAUUACAUGUUCUGACUUGAUACUGCAACCCAUAAAAUGAUGUCAUUCCCAGUUCUUACUCAAAGUUGUAAAAGUCAAUGGAACAAAUGUUACCAGUGCACGUGCAUCCUGGGAGUUGUAGGCCGCUGUAAUAUAGUUUACAAUCAGUGAUUAGAUUGAAGUAAAUAUCCGAUUUUAAACUGAAGAUUUAUCAUUGAUUCUCCAGGGACCACCGAGGCUCCAGCUUGGAGUGGAUUUAACGGAUAAUUUUGUUUUUUCAAGUAACUGAUCAUCCUCUCCGACGUUUAUCUUUACAAUAGCUCACAGCAGGUGAAGUAGGUCUGCGUUUAUAGAUCACAAUCAGAUUCUCUCAGGAGAAAACCCUUAUUUUUUUAGAUGCAUUUAGUUCGAUGUCAAGCUUUGCUUUAAACUGCAGCUGCUUAAACCACCAGUGCCUUUUUCUGUAUGCUAGCUGUUACCGAAAUACUCCAAAGUAAGUUUAUUUAUUUUUUUAUAUGUUAGAUGUGAAACAGUUGGACUACCUGCCUCCUUGCAGAUGUUUGGAGUCAGUAACACUGUCUCAUUAAAAAGUUGAAUGUGUUUUAUGGGAGAGAUUUGAAGAAAACUACAAUAAAGCGGGAAAGCCAACCAA